UUCCUGUUUCCAGUUGCAGGCAUUCACAGGAGCGGGAUAUCGCUAGAGAUCCGGGCUCACUAUACGACGAACACAACCGGACACUUAGCAAUUAAAAUGGGAACCUUCGCUAAAGUGCUGCUGGCGAGUAUAUGCGUGGUUUACCUGGCUGUGAAGUGGAAUGCGCCCACCUUGGAUGCAGAAUCUCUCCGAGGGGCCAGGGUGUUGGUGACUGGGGCCAGUACAGGCAUCGGUGAACAAAUAGCGUAUCAUUACGCCCGCUUCGGAGCCCGAGUUGUUAUUACAGCAAGAAGGGAGAAAGUCUUACAGCAGGUGGCAGAGAACUGCACAAGAUUGGGAGCCCAAGAAGCGCUUUACAUAGCUGCCGACAUGAGCAGCGAGCAAGAUCCUGAAAAAGUGGUGGAGUUGGCGCUGGAAAAGCUUGGAGGGUUGGAUUAUCUGGUUCUCAACCACAUCGGCACGAGUCACUUCAGAAUGUGGGAUGGAGAUGUGGAGUACUUCAAGUGGCUGAUGAAGGUCAAUUUAUUCAGCUAUGUUCAGAUGGCUACGAAAGCUAUGGACGCGCUUGAGCAAAGUAAAGGAUCACUGGUGGUCAUUUCAUCACUUUUGGGCAAAGUGGCAAGUCCCUUUAUGGCACCAUAUUCAUCAACAAAAUCAGCCUUGAAUGGUUUCUUUAGGGCGCUCCACCAUGAGCUGUCAAUGAAGAAGAGCAACGUGUCCGUCACUAUAUGCACUCUUGGGUUCAUCGAUACUGAUGCCGCCAUGGACAAAGUCGGGAAACUCACUGAUGUGCCGGCGGCCUCUGCCACAGAUGCAGCCUUGAACAUUGUCACUUCAGGAGCUCUGAGAGAGGAAGAGCUCUUUUACCCUUGGAGCACCUACCUUGUGACUCUCACCAAAGACUGGUACCCUCCUAUCACGAACCAUAUCAUGCAGAGCAUAUUCAAGUAUGAACCAUGACAAAAAUAUGAUCCUCAAUAUUUUUGUAGAAUAGUGUAUUAGGGUCAUUUUAGAUUUUUUUAAAUGACAAAAUAUGAGCUGGGGUAUUCUUUAUUCCCACCAUUGCCUAAAUUGCCUUAAUUUUAAGAUAAUAUAUGUUUAUAUGUGUUUUACAAAUUCCCUAUUAUAAUCUCAGGGAAUAUAAACACUGCUGAAAAAAAACCUUGAUCCUCACAGUACAACACCUAGUCAGUUAAACUUCAGGGAUAUAAGUCUGUCCAUUAAGGAACCAAUAGUGAUUGUGAAUCAGUUUCACUGCUCUGGUGCAAACGGAAGUGACAACAGGUGCAAUGGAGAAGAAAAAAACUAAAUAACCCCCAAAACAGAAUGGUUUUACAUGUUGUGGCCACAGUCACUUGUUUUCUCCUUCUCCUUCCUGAAUGAGUCUUCGCUAGUUUUGUGUUCUGCUGGUGUCUGGCGGUAUCUGCAGCCCGAUCAGGUUGCACAGGUAGUCCUGCACCUCCAGAACGGCACGUCUAUACGUGCGGUCGCAAGGUUUACUGUGUCUCCCAGCACAGUGUCAAGAGCAUGGAGGAGACACCAGGGGACCGACUGUUGAGGAGAACUGGACAGGGCCGUAAAAGGGCAUCAACCCAGCAGCAGGACCGGUAACUGCUCCUUUGUGCGAGAGGGAACAGGAGGGGCACUGCAAGAGCCGUACAAAAUGACCUCCAGAUGACCAAACCGUCAGAAACAGACUCCAUGAGGUGGCAUGAGGGCCCGACAGCCUCUAGUGGGACCUGUACUCACCGCCCAGCACCAUGCAGCUCGAUUGGUAUUCGCCAGAAAACACUAGAAGGGGCAGGUCCACCAUUGGCGCCCCUUCUCUUUCCAUAUGAGAGCAGGUUCACGCUGAGCACAAGUGAAAAGUGUGAAAGAGUCUGGAGGCGCUGUGGUGAACGUUAUGCUGCCUGUAACAUCAUCCAGCACGACCGGUUGGGCGUUGGUUCAUUGAUGGUCUGGUGAGGCAUACCCUUGGAGGAUCGCACAGACCUCCAUGUUAUAGGCGACCUAAAUCCAAUUGAGAACCCAUCAAGUUCCGCCACACACUGUCCAGGAGCUCACUGACGUUGUAAUCCAGGUCUGGGAGGAGAUCCCUCAGGACUCCAUCGGUAGAAUCAUCAGGAGCAUGCCCAGAUGUAGUCAGGAGGCGAUACACACUACUGAGUCACUGAAUGAGUUACUGUGAUGAAAUUCACGCAAGUUGGAUAAGCCUGUAAUAUCCAUUUUUUGCUUACAUUUUCUAUACGGUCUUGAGUCCAGCCCUCAGUGGCUUCAUGAUUUUGGUUUCCAUGGACCGUUGUUACGUCAUUUUUCUCCUCAAUGUACAUCAGUAAAGAUGUUGAACUUGAAUAAUUCACUAGUCAAGAUCUGAUGUGUGAUUUAAGUGUUCCCUUCAUUUUUUUGAGCAGUGUAGAUUUUCUGUAAAUUUGUGAGCUUCUUUAAUGUUUCAAAAAUAUUACUCCCCCCUCAGCUCUUUUUUUAUACCAUAUAAUGGCCCUAAAGUACUGAUUUUUACAUAAUUUGUAUAAUGUAGCGAUAUUUUUUUGACAUGAGCAUGGGCACGUCUUCCUAUGACUGCUGUCGUCCACUUCCUAAAUGUAUCCGUUAUGUUGUGGUUGACCCAAAUUCUUUAUCUUUAACAAUUGAAAAAAAAAAAUCCUCACAGUUGAAUUGAUGAAGUUAAU